CCACAAUCGAGCAUGAUGUGUUUGCCCCCGAUAGAGACAAGGAUGCAACUACGACCAACAUCCUGACCAGCUCCUAGGAAAGAAAAGACAAGCUUGUCUCAAACAUCAGUCAGCACAGAUCCGAAUCCCGAGGACAUGGCAAAUACUGUAGAAGAGAAGAAGUUCAGUCUAAAGGAAGUACUGGACACUUUUAGUUUAUGCCUCUCAGAAAAUAAGGAGGUAUACAUCGAACACUAUGUGGAAGGAUGGCGAGGUCUCGUGAGGUUCAUGAAUAGUCUGGGAAGUGUCUUUUCCUUCAUCUCCAAGGAUGCUGUCAACAAAAUUGAAAUUCUUGCAAACCUCCUCAAUGGUGAGAAUGGGACACACUACAUCACCAUCCAGUCCAUGGUGAAAUAUGAGCUAGAUAGUGGACUGGUUGACCUCACUCAACGUGACAAACACCCAGAAUCUGGCUGCCGAACCCUCCUAAGGCUGCACCGUGCUCUCCGCUGGCUGGAACUCUUUUUGGAACGUCUGAGGACCAGUAGUGAGGACAGUAAGACCUCAGUGAUGUGUUCAGAAGCCUACAAUGAGUCCCUGGCUCAACAUCAUGGCUGGAUCAUUCGCAAGGCUUCUGGCAUGGCAUUCUGUUACCUUCCUGGACGGCCUACAUUCUUUGAAGUGAUGAAUGUUGGUACACCAGAAGAAGUGGUUGCCAUGUUGGGGGAAGCCCUGCCCAUCAUUUCUGAUGUGUACAACAUUACAGAGAACGUGUAUACCCAGCAUGAGCUUUUGCAAUUGCCAUAGAGAGAAUCUAUGAGAUUCAUUGGGUACAGUUUGUGGGGACAGUUUCUGUCUGCAGUAGACACACUCUUUGUUAUCAGUCUGUCUGUAUUUCCAUCUUGUCUUGGUGAACAUGGGCAUUAACAUGGUCAUCCAUUAAUUAUGAUGAAGCUGGGCUUUUUAAUAUAAAGUAAUAUUGUCUGACUGCAUGUACAUAUUGAAUAUAAAGUCAGUUGAUGCCUACAGACAACAUUUAUUUUAACAGUAGAUUCUUUAAAUUGUAUGUCUGAUAACUGUAUGAUUCAAAAAGGGACAAUAAUGAUGAUUUGAGUAAAUGUUCUGUUGCACAAAA